UCAGAUGUAGUGUCGGCAGUAAAGCAAGGUAAACCUGUGCAACGAUACCAGAAUCUGAAUCUCUUCUUGGAUGGUGAGCUGCUGAGAGUUGGAGGUCGUAUACGCAAGUCAGAUCUGUCGUAUGACAACAAACAUCAGCUGUUACUGCCACAUCGUAGCAUCAUAACUAAGCGUUUGAUUGCAGCAAUUCAUCGUGAAAAUCUACACAUCGGCCCGUCUGGAGUGAUUUCUAUUUUGCGUCAGCAAUUCUGGAUUGUGAAUGCUAGAUCAACGGUUCGAAAGGUGCUGCACGAAUGCAUUGUUUGCUUCAGAAGUAGUCCAAGUACUAUGGAUCAACAAAUGGGUGAUCUACCUACCUGUCGAGUAACAGCUGCUCCUACCUUUCAACGUGUAGGUUUGGAUUUCGCUGGACCAAUUAUGUUGAAAUCAGGUAUCCGUCGUGUAACUGCUACGAAAGGAUACGUAUGUCUAUUUGUGUGUAUGGUCACAAAGGCGAUUCAUUUGGAGGCUGUAGAGAAUCUUUCAACUGGGGCUUUUCUUGCUGCCUUGAGACGAUUUGUAUCCAGACGAGGAAUACCUGAAGAAAUCUACAGUGAUAAUGCUACUAAUUUUGUUGGAGCAAAACAUGAGCUUCGUGAGUUAUAUGAAAUGUUCAAGGAUGAAACAUCGAAACAAGGCAUUUUCCAGUUCUGCCAAGAGAAAGAAGUUACGUGGAAAAUGAUCCCACCUAAUGCUCCUCAUUUUGGAGGGAUUUGGGAAGCUGGCGUAAAAAGUGUCAAAAGCGUAUUGAAAAGAGUUUAUAAGUCUGCUUCGUUAACUAUAACCGACUUCUACACGCUUCUGUGUCAAAUUGAAGCUAUGUUAAACUCGCGACCAUUAUACGCCCUUUCAAACGAUCCACAUGAUCUGGACUGCCUUACACCUGCACAUUUUACGAUCGAUCGUCCAUUGAUUGGAGUUGCGGAACCGUCAUAUUUGGACCUGCCAGAGAACCGUUUAGACAAGUGGCAGAGGCUUCAGCAACUUCGGCAACAUUUUUGGAGACGAUGGCAGAAGGAGUAUCUGAGUGAGUUGCAGACCAGGCAUAAGUGGACCAAGGUGAAGGAUAAUAUCAAAGAAGGAGCAUUGGUAUUAAUGAAGGAAGACAACAUGCCCCCGCAGUUUUGGAAAUUAGGACGAAUUUCUAAAGUGUAUCCAGGCGAUGACGGGUUGAUACGAGUGGUAGAUGUGAAGACGAAGUACGGUUUAUUUAAACGUCCGAUACACAAGUUAGCGCCUCUUCCCAUGCAGGAUCCCUAAUAAUAUUCGGGCGGGGAGGAUGUUCCGUUUCAUCGGAAGUUUUGUUUUUGUUUUUUGUUUUUUUUCUCUCUGUUGUGGUGUGUCGUUCGGUACCUGCGGAUAAACAGGAACAAAAAAGGGUCCUUUUUAUACAAGGCGGUAAGCGGUAUAACGGACGGUUCCGCGAAAUGCACGCCACAGCGGAGGGAGUAAAGUUUUGGGGUUUGUACACGGGUGCAAACCAGUACGUGAUCGAUAGCGGUGGAGUUAAGUCGCAAGAAGCGAAAUAGACCAGUUCUU